ACUCAAGUUCACUACAUACUAUACAACCUCACGCUUCAAGCUUCAGUCUGUUCCAGUUGUUUCACCCGGAUAUCUGGGUUCCACGAUCUCGAAAAGAUGCUAGCUCAUCAGUCUCAGCUCUUCGCUACUUAAGGCGCUCCUCAGCCCAUCCAGUCACUAAUUACAAUGUCCACACCACUCCCCAAACGCCGACGUCUCAACGGACCAAGUGCACUACACAAGCCAUUCAAGUCACCUUUCCGUACAGCACUCGCGACGUGUUCAAAUCCACCAGACACGCCUCCUUCCAGCGACAACAUCGAACCCAAAAGCGACCAGCCCGACGAACCCUCCACAACAACCUCAGAACCACGCGCUCAGCCAACAGUCUCCACACCAUUCCGCAACCCAUACCAACCCUCCACACCAUCCACCACAAAGUCACGCCCGCAUCCUCCCCCAUUCCGAACUCCCCAGUCAAUCGCCCGUCCGAACGCGCCACAGCAAAGUCUUCGCCCUCAACCACAAACAUCCCACGUCUCAACACCCACGUCAACCUCUCUCUCCCUACGCACCUCCCAUCUCCGCACCCAGAUCCACACUCUCAACCAAGCAAUCCAACUGCUCUCCAACCCCGACUCGGACACCCACCUCCUCGACCUGACCUCGAAAUGGCGCAGCGCAUCCCGCCUCGCGGCCGAAGAGCUCUUCGCCUCCUCCCGCGAGCGCGUGCAGCGCAUGGGUGGCGUAAGCGCCUGGAAGGACAAAGAGCGCGAGGGACGCACACGCAUGCUCACCUGGGAGGAAGAACGACUCGACGAAGAGAACGGGCUGGAAUCUUCGGAUUCCGAGGCAUCUGAUGACGAGGACGGAGCGAACGACGACGACGGCGACGACGAGGGUGAGAAUAAGAGAUUGAGUCCAGAGGAGAGAGAUAUGCGCCGGGAGGCUAGACGUGAAGCUCGCACCAUCGCACGCGAGCGACUGAGUGCGAUGAAAGCUCAGAUCCGCGAGCGACGACGGGCGGAGGACUACGCAGCGAGUAUGGAGGUGAACAGCGAUGAGAGCUUCACCCUGGACAUGAUGCUGAGGGCAUUGAAUGUGGAUCUGGAUGUGAUCGGAUACUCGAAGGCAGUGCAGGGGUGGGUAGGGUAGGGUAGGAGUGAAGACUCCACACGAACAUUCAACGGAAUCACCCUACAGGAAAACGUGCCAUGUAGUACACAUGGUUUAUUGACGAUAUGACUUAUGCGAUAUAUGAUAUGUCUGAUGGGUAUGGGAUGUACGGCGUUAUGGAAAGGACGGCGUAGUAUUUGCUAUAGAUGACGGAGAAGGCAGUAUUUGUGAGGUAGGAUGAAUUGCGAGGUAGUUGAUUGGAGAGUCAGAAUUACACAUGU